AUGCCCUCUGCAUCUUUAUUAGCAAAUCUUCUUUCAGCUUUACUCAUCCCUUUUGUAUUUGGAGAGACAGAAAUAAGGUUCUCUGGACAAACAGAAUUUGUAGUUAAUGAAACAAGUACAACAGUUAUUCGACUUGUCAUCGAGAGGGUAGGACAGCCAGCAAAUGUCACUGCGAUUGUAUCGCUUUAUGGAGAAGAUACUGGUGACUUUUUUGACACAUACGCUGCCGCUUUUAUACCUGCUGGUGAAACAAACAGAACAGUCUACAUAGCAGUAUGUGAUGAUGACAUACCAGAGCCUGAUGAAACAUUUAUUUUUCACUUAACAUUACAGAAACCUUCAGCAAAAGUGAAACUUGGUUGGCCAACAACUGUUACUGUGACAAUAUUAUCAAAUGACAAUGCAUUUGGAGUUAUUUCAUUUAAUAUGCCUUUCUCUGUCACAGUGAUUGAGCCCAGAGGCAGGAAUGAGUCUGUGCCUCUUACCCUCAUCAGGGAAAAAGGAACCUAUGGCAUGGUCACUGUGACUUUUGAGGUAGAAGAUGGUCCCAAUCCACCUGAAGAAGAUCUGAGUCCAGUUAAAGGAAAUAUUACCUUUUCCCCUGGUAGAGCAACAGUAGUUUAUAACUUGACAGUGCUUGAUGAUGAGGUACCAGAAAAUGAUGAGAUAUUUUUCAUUCAAUUGAAGAGUGUGGAAGGAGGAGCUGAGGUCAACACCUCUAGGAACUCAGUUGAAAUUAUCAUCAAGAAAAAUGACAGUCCUGUAAGGUUCAUUCAGAGUACCUAUUUGGUGCCUGAGGAGGAUGAUAUUCUUUUAAUUCCAGUGGUUCGUGGCAAAGAUGACAGUGGAAAUGUGAUUGGCUCUGAUGAAUAUGAAGUUGCCAUCAGUUAUGCUGUAGUAACUGGGAAUUCAACAGCACAUGCUCAGCAAAAUUUAGAUUUCAUUGAUCUUCAACCCAACACAACUAUUGUUUUCCCGCCUUUUAUUUAUGAAUCUCAUUUGAAAUUUCAAAUAGUGGAUGACGCCAUACCAGAGAUUGCUGAAUCAUUUCACAUUGUGUUACUAAAGGAGACCCUAAGGGGUGAUGCUGUGCUAGCUGCCCCUUCCAUUGUCCAGGUCACCAUUAAGCCAAAUGACAAACCGUACGGAGUCCUCUCAUUCAACAGUAUCUUGUUUGAAAAGACAGUUGUAAUUGAUGAAGAUACAACAACAAGAUUUGAAGAAAUUACGGUGGUUAGAAAUGGUGGCACUCAUGGGAAUGUGUCAGUGAACUGGAUCUUGACACGAAAUAACAGCGAUCCCUCACCGGUGACUGAUGAUAUCAGACCAAGUUCCGGAGUGCUUCAUUUUGCACAAGGGCAGAUGUUGGCCUCCAUUCCUCUUACUGUUGUUAGUGAUGAUAUACCUGAAGAGGCAGAAGCUUAUUUGCUGCAGAUUCUGCCACAUACAAUACAGGGAGGUGCAGAAGUGAGCGAGCCUGCAGAGCUUUUGUUUUACAUUCAGGAUAAUGAUGAUGUUUAUGGCCUCAUAACAUUUUUUUCACUGGAAAACCAGAAGAUUGAAAGCAGCCCAGGUGAACGAUAUUUAUCCUUGAGUUUUACAAGAUUAGGAGGAACUAAAGGAGAUGUGAAGAUGUUUUAUUCUGCACUUUAUAUUCCUGCUGGAGCUCUGGACCCGCUGAGAGCAAAAGAUGGCAUCUUAAACACAUCCGGGAAAAAUAGCCUCAUUUUUCCAGAACAGAAAACCCAAGUCACUACAAAAUUACCAAUAAGAAAUGAUGCAUUUCUUCAAAAUGGGGCCCAUUUCUUAGUAAAGUUGGAAAGCCUGGAGUUGGUGAACAUAAUUCCCCCAAUCCCACCUAUAAGUCCUAGAUUUGGAAAAAUCCAAAAUAUUUCUUUAAUGGUCACUCCGGACAUUGCAAAUGGAGAAAUUGGCUUUCUUAGCAAUCUUCCGAUCAUUUUGCAUGAACCAGAAGAUUCUGACAUUGAUAUGGUAUACAUUCCAUUGCAUCGGGAUGGAACUGAUGGUCAGGCUACUGUCUAUUGGAGUUUGAAGGCCUCUGGCUUUAAUUCAAAAGCGGUGACCCUUGAUGAUAUAGGCCCCUUUAAUGGUUCUGUUGUGUUCUUAUCUGGACAAAGUGACACAACCAUCAACAUUACUGUCAAAGCUGAUGAUAUACCGGAAAUGAAUGAGACAGUAACACUUUCGCUGGACAGGGUCAGUGUGGAAAAUCAAGUACUAAAAUCUGGAUAUACUAGUCGUGACCUAAUUAUCGUGGAAAAUGAUGAUCCUGGGGGAAUUUUUGAAUUUUCUCCUGCUUCCAAAGGACCAUAUGUUAUAAAAGAAGGAGAUUCCGUAGAACUCCACAUCAUCCGAUCCAGGGGAGCCCUGGUUAAGCAGUUUCUACAUUACCGGGUAGAACCAAGAGAUAGCAAUGAAUUCUAUGGAAACACCGGGGUUCUAGAAUUUAAACCUGGGGAAAGGGAAAUCGUGAUAACCUUGUUGUCAAGAUUGGAUGGGGUACCAGAGUUGGAUGAACACUAUUGUGUGGUCCUUAGCAGCCAUGGUGAACGAGAAAGCAAGUUGGGAACUGCUACAGUUGUAAACAUAACAAUUCUGAAAAAUGAUGAUCCUCAUGGAAUUAUAGAAUUUGUUUCUGAUGAUAUUAUUAUUAUGAUAAAUGAAAGUAAAGGAGAUGACACCUAUAGUGGUAAUUUAUUCUUUUAUAUUCUAUUACUGUUUACUGAAGAGCAAAGUAAUAAUUUUUUAGUUUAUUCUUUAAUUCCAGAAGAAAUGGAAGAAUUUACCAUUAUUUUACUUAAUGCCACUGGAGGAGCUAAAAUAGGAAAUAAAACUACUGCAACUCUGAGGAUUACAGGAAAUGAUGACCCCAUUUACUUUGCAGUGCCUCGUGUAGUAAGGGUUCAGGAGGGUGAGAUCGCUAGCUUCACAGUUCUCAGAAACGGAUCUGUUGAUGUUGCCUGUGCUGUCCUGUACGCCACCAUGGACGGGACUGCUACGGCCCAAGAAGGAGACUUCGUUCCUGUUGAAAAGGGAGAAAUGCUUGUUUUUGCAGUUGGAAGUAGAGAGAAGAACAUAUCCAUAUUUGUUAAUGAAGAUGAUAUCCCAGAAACAGACGAGGUUUUUUAUAUAAUCCUCUUUAAUUCAACAGGUGACACUGUAGUAUAUCAACAUGGAACAGCUACAGUGAUAAUUGAAGCUAAUGAUGAUCCAAAUGGUAUUUUUUCUUUGGAGCCCAUAGACAAAGCAGUACAAGAAGGAGAAACUAAUGCAUUUUGGAUUUUGAGGCACCGAGGACCUUUUGGCAAUGUUUCUGUGGCUUGGCAACUGUUUCAGAACGACUCUGCUUUGUAUCCUGGACAAGAGUUCUAUGAAACUUCAGGGAUGGUUAACUUUAUGGAUGGAGAAAAAGCCAAACCAAUAAUUCUCCAUGCUUUUCCAGAUAAAAUUCCUGAAUUCAAUGAAUUUUAUAUUCUAAGGCUUAUAAACAUUUCAGGGGGCUCUCCAGGCCCUGGAGGACAACUAGCAGAAGUCAACCUCCAGGUGACAGUAAUGAUUCCAUUUAAUGAUGACCCUUUUGGGGUUUUUAUAUUGGAUCCAGAGUGUUUAGAGCGAGAAGUGGCAGAAGAUGUGCUCUCGGAAGAUGAUAUGUCUUAUAUUACCAACUUUACAGUUUGGAGGCAACAGGGUGUCUUUGGUGAUGUACGAGUAGGCUGGGAAAUAGUGUCCGGGGAGUUCCCUGCAGGUUUGCCUUCAAUGGUAGAUUUCUUGAUGGUUGGAAUUUUCCCCAGCUCUGUGCAACGACACCCGCACAUGCGACGUCACCAUAGUGGAACAGAUGCUCUGUACUUCAGUGGACAGGAUGGUGCCUUUGGAACUGUUAAUCCAAAAUACUAUCCUUCCAAGAACAACUCAGUCGCCACCUUUACAUUUUCAGCAUGGCUGAUGCCCGAUGCCAAUACGAAUGGAUUUGUUAUAGCAAAGGAUGAUGGUAAUGGUAGCCUCUACUAUGGGGUUAAAAUUCAAACAAAUGAAUCGUAUAUGACUCUUUCCCUUCAUUACAAAACAUUGGGUUCCAAUGCUACAUACAUUGCCAAGACUACAUUCAUGAAAUAUUUAGAAGAAAAUGUUUGGCUCCAUCUUCUAAUUAUCCUGGAUGAUGGUAUAAUUGAAUUCUACCUUGAUGGCAAUACAAUGCCCAGAGGAAUCAAGAGUCUGAAAGGAGAAGCCAUUACUGAUGGUCCUGGAAUUCUGAGAAUUGGUGCAGGAAUGAAUGGCAGCGAGAGAUUUACAGGACUCAUGCAGGAUGUGAGAUCUUAUGAGCGGAAGCUGACUCCAGAAGAGAUUUAUGAACUUCAUGCCAUGCCAGCAAAGAGUGAUUUACACCCGGUUUCUGGAUAUUUGGAGUUCCGACAGGGAGAAACAAACAAGUCAUUUAUUAUAUCUGCAAGAGAUGACAAUGAAGAGGAAGGAGAAGAAUUAUUCAUCCUUAAGCUAGUCUCUGCAUUUGGAGAAGCUCGCAUUUCUGAAGAAAAUACUACAGCAAGGUUAAUAAUACAGAAGAGUGAUAAUGCCAAUGGUUUAUUUGGCUUCACAGGAGCUUGUAUACCAGAGAUCGCAGAGGAAGGAUCUACCAUUUCAUGUGUGGUAGAGCGAACCAGAGGAGCGCUGGAUUAUGUGCAUGUUUUUUACACCAUCUCACAGAUAGAAUCUGAUGGCAUUAAUUACCUUGUUGAUGAUUUUGCUAAUGCCAGUGGAACUAUCACAUUCCUCCCUUGGCAAAGAUCAGAGGUCCUCAACAUAUAUGUUCUUGAUGAUGAUAUUCCUGAGCUUAAUGAGUAUUUCCGUGUGACACUGGUUUCUGCAAUCCCUGGAGAUGGAAAGUUAGGUUCAACUCCCUCCAGUGGUGCAAGCAUAGAUCCUGAAAAGGAAACGACAGAUAUCACCAUUAAAGCUAGUGAUCAUCCAUAUGGCUUGCUGCAGUUCUCCUCAGGGCUACCUCCCCAAGCUGAAGAUUUAAUGAUCCUGCCAGCAAGCAGUGUUCCCCGGGUCACCGUGCAGGAGGAGGAUGGAGAAGUUAGGUUAUUGGUGGUCCGAGCACAAGGACUCCUGGGGACGGUUGCGGUGGAAUUUAGAACCAUUUCACUGACAGCGUUCAGUCCUGAGGACUAUCAGAGUGUUGCUGGCAGCUUAGAGUUUCAACCAGGAGAAAGAUAUAAAUACAUUUCUGUUAACAUCACUGAUAAUUCUAUCCCUGAAUUAGAAAAGACUUUUAAAGUUGAGUUGUUCAACUCGGAGGGAGGAGUCCCUGAACUCUUUAGGGUUGAAGGCAGUGGUAGUGGUGAUGGGGACAUGGAAUUCUUCCUUCCAACUUUUCAUAAGCAUGCUAGUCUAGGAGUGGCUUCCCAAAUUCUAGUGACAAUUGCAGCCUCGGAUCAUGCUCAUGGUGUGUUUGAAUUUAGUCCUGAGUCUCUCUUUGUCAGUGGAACAGAACCAGGAGAUGGAUACAACUCUGUUACAUUAAAUAUUAUGAGAAGUCAUGGGACACUCUCUCCAGUGACUUUGCUUUGGAGCAUAGACUCUGAUCCUGAUGGAGACCUUGCCUUUACCUCUGGCAAUGUCACAUUUGAGACUGGGCAGAAGAGUGCCAACAUCACAGUGAAAAUAUUGCCUGACGAAGAUCCCGAACUUGAUAAAUUGUUCUCUGUGUCCCUCAUUAACGUCUCCAGUGGUUCUUUAGGAGUUCAUACUAAUGCCACAUUAAUUGUUUUGGCUAAUGAUGAUCCUUAUGGAGUCUUCAUCUUUUCCGAGAAAAAUAGACCGAUUCAAGUCGAGGAAGCGACCCAGAACAUCACGUUGUCAAUUAUAAGGUUAAAAGGCCUCAUGGGAAAAGUCAUCGUCAUGUACAGAACACUGGAUGAUACGGAAAAACUGCCUUAUUUCCCACCUAAUUUAGCCAGAGCAACUCAAGGACGAGACUAUAUACCAGCUUCUGGAUUUGUUCUUUUCAGUGGUAAUCAGAGUGAGGCAACAAUAACUAUUUCAAUUUUGGAUGAUGAUGAACCAGAAAAGUCAGAGUCUGUUUUUAUCGAACUACUGAACUCUACAUUAGUAGAAAAAGUGCAGAAUCGUCCAAUUCCAAAUUCUCCACGCCUUGGGCCUAUGGUAGAAACCAUUGCUCAUCUAAUUAUUGUUGCCAAUGAUGACGCAUUUGGGACUCUUCAACUCUCGGCUCCAGUUGUUCGAGUGGCAGAAAAUCAUGUUGGGCCCAUUAUCAAUGUGACAAGAACAGGAGGAACAUUUGCAGAUGUCUCUGUGAAGUUUAAGGCUGUACCUGUAACUGCAAUAGCUGGUGAAGAUUAUAGUAUAGCUUCAUCGGAUGUGGUCUUGCUAGAAGGGGAAACCAGUAAGGCUGUGCCAAUAUAUAUCAUUAAUGACAUCUACCCUGAGCUGGAAGAAACUUUUCUUGUGCAACUACUGAAUGAAACAACAGGAGGCGCCAAACUAGGGGUGUUAACAGAGGCAGUCAUUAUUAUUGAAGCCUCUGAUGACCCCUAUGGAUUAUUUGGUUUUCAGAUUACUAAACUUAUUGUAGAGGAACCUGAGUUUAACUCAGUGAAGGUAAACCUGCCAAUAAUUCGAAAUUCUGGGACACUCGGCACUGUUACUGUUCAGUGGGUUGCCACCAUUAAUGGACAGCUUGCUACUGGCGACCUGCGAGUUGUCUCAGGUAAUGUGACCUUUGCCCCUGGGGAAACCAUUCAAACCUUGUUGUUAGAGAUCCUGGCUGACGACGUUCCGGAGAUUGAAGAGGUUAUCGAAGUACAACUAACUGAUGCCUCUGGUGGAGGUACUAUUGGGUUAGAUCAAGUGGCAAAUGUUAUUAUUCCUGCCAAUGAUAAUCCCUAUGGUACAGUAGCCUUUGUUCAUUCGGUUUAUCGUGUUCAAGAGCCUCUGGAGAGAAGUUCCUGUGCUAACAUAACUGUCAGGCGAAGCGGAGGGCAUUUUGGUCGACUGUUGCUGUUCUACAGCACUUCUGAUGUUGAUGUAGUGACUCUUGCAGUUGAGGAAGGUCAAGAUUUACUGUCUUACUAUGAGCCUCCAACUCAAGGAGCACCUGACCUGCUGUGGAGAACUUGGGUGAAUGUCUCUGAAGUAAAGGAACCCCAGUAUACCUGUGCCUCUUUGUGCCUCAGAGAACAUGCAUGUUCAUCAUUCUCAUUUCUAAAUGCUUCUGAGGGUCCUCAAUGCUUUUGGAUGACAUCAUGGAUCAGCCCAACUCUUAACAACUCAGACUUCUGGACCUACAGGAAAAACACGACCAGGGUAGCAUCUCUUUUCAGCAGUCAGGCUGUGGCUGGCAGUGACUAUGAGCCUGUGGCGAGACAGUGGGCAAUAAUGCUGGAAGGUGAUGAGUUUGCAAAUCUCACAGUCUCUAUUCUUCCUGACGAUGUCCCAGAGAUGGAUGAGAGUUUCCUAAUUUCUCUUGUUGAGGUUCACCUUAUGAACAUCACAGCCAGUUUUAAUAACCAGCCAACUAUAGGCGAGCCAAAUACUUCAACAGUUGUCAUAGCAUUAAAUGGUGAUGCCUUUGGUGUGUUUGUGAUCUACAGUAUCAGUCCCAAUUCCUCAGAAGAUGGCUUAUAUGUUGAAGUUCAGGAGUAUCCCCAAACCACAGUGGAGCUGAUGAUCCAUAGGACAGGGGGAAGCCUAGGUCAAGUGACAGUUGAAUGGCGUGUCGUUGGUGGAACAGCUACUGAAGGUUUAGAUUUUAUAGGUGCUGGAGACAUUCUCACUUUUGCUGAAGGUGAAACCAAGAAGAUAGCCAUCCUAACCAUUUUGGAUGAUUCUGAUCCAGAGGAUGAUGAAAGUAUCAUAGUUAGCUUGGUGUACACUGAAGGUGGAAGUAGAAUUUUGCCCAGUUCCGACACUGUUAAAGUAAACAUAUUGGCCAAUGACAAUGUGGCAGGAAUUGUUAGCUUUCAGACAUCUUCCAGAUCUGUUAUAGGUCAUGAAGGGGAACUUUUGCGGUUCCAUGUGAUAAGAACACCCCCUGGUCGAGGGAAUAUUACUGUUAAUUGGAAAAUUAUUGGGCAAAAUCUCAAACACAAUUUUGAUAAUCUCACUGGACAACUCUUUUUUCCUGAGGGGUCGUUGAAUCAAACCAUAUUGGUGCAUUUGUUGGAUGACAACAUUCCUGAAGAGAAAGAAGUAUACCAAGUCAUUCUGUAUGAUAUCAGAACACAAGGAAUUCCAUCAGCAGGACAAGCUCUGCUUGAUGCCCAAGGAUAUGCAGCUGUCCUGACAGUAGAAGCCAGUGAUGAACCACAUGGAGUUUUAAAUUUUGCCCUUUCAUCAAGAUUUGUUUUACUCCAGGAGGCUAACAUAACAUUCCAGCUUUUUAUCAACAGAGAAUUUGGAUCUCUAGGAGCUAUCAAUGUCACAUAUACCACAGUUCCUGGAAUGUUGAGUUUAAAGAACCAAACAGAAGGAAACUUAGCUGAGCCAGGUGUUGACUUUGUCUCGGUAGUUGGCUCUCUGAUUUUGGAAGAAGGGGAAACAGCAGCACCCAUCAAUAUUACGAUACUGGAGGAUGAUAUACCAGAACUAGAAGAAUAUUUCUUUGUGAAUUUAACUUACGUUGAACUUAUCAUGGCUCCUCUAACUUCAUUUCCUCCUAGACUAGAUUCCGAGGGCUUGGCUGCACAAAUUGUCAUUGAUGCCAACGAUGGUGCAAGGGGCAUAAUUGAAUGGCAGGACAGCAGGUCCGAAGUAAAUGAAACCCAAGGAACCCUGACAUUGGUAGCCCACAGGGGCAAAGGGGCUCUUGGCCAUGUAUCCUUGUUUGUCUAUGCCCAGAAUUUGGAAGCUCAACUGGGGCUGGAUUACAUCUUCACCCCGAUGAUUCUUCAUUUUGCUGAUGGAGAAAGGCACAAAAAUGUUGACAUCAUGAUUCUUGAUGAUGAUAUUCCAGAGGGAGAUGAAAAAUUUCAACUGAUUUUAACAAAUCCUUCUCCAGGACUCGAGCUGGGCAAAAGUACACUAGCUUUGAUUACCAUCCUUGCUAAUGAUGAUGGCCCUGGAGUACUGUCAUUUAACAACAGUGAACACUUUUUCCUAAGAGAACCAACAGCUGUCCACAUGCAGGAGAGUGUAGCGGUGCUGUAUAUUGUUCGGGAACCUGCACAAGGACUGUUUGGAACUGUGACAGUUCAGUUCAUUGUGACAGAAGUAAAUUCUUCGAUGGAGUCAAAGGAUCUGACUCCUUCCAAAGGCUAUAUUGUUUUAGAAGAAGGUGUUCGAUUUAAGGCCUUGCACAUAUCUGCCAUAUUGGACACAGAACCAGAGAUGGAUGAGCUUUUUGUUUGUUCCUUGUUUAAUCCAACUGGGGGUGCUAGACUGGGGAUACAUGUCCAGACUCUGAUAACCAUUUUGCAAAACCAGGCCCCUCGGGGGCUAUUCAGUAUCUCUGCAGUUGCAAACAGAGCCACCUCUAUACACAUCGAAGAAGCCAACAGAACUGUAUAUUUAAACGUGUCUCGUAUUAAUGGCAUUGAUUUAGCUGUGAGUGUGGAGUGGGAGACAAUAUCGGAAACAGCCUUUGGCAUGAAGGGAAUAGAUGUUGUAUUUUCCAUAUUUCAAAGUUUUAUGGAUACAUCAGCUUCUGGUUGGUGUUUCUUUACUUUGGAAGAUUCAACAUAUGGUGUUAUGUUACGAAAAGUAUCUUCUACUAUUUACCGAUGGCAAGGAAUUUUUGUUCCACUUGAGGAUUUAAAUAUAAAAAAUCCUAAAACUUGUGAGGCCUUUAAUAUUGGUCCUUCUCCCUAUCUUGUGAUCACUCAUGAAGAAAGAAAUAAACAAAAAUCUUCUGUUAACAGUGUAUAUACAUUCACCUCUGGACUCAAAUUAUUACUGGUACAAACGAUCAUUAUUUCAGAAAGUUCGCAAGUAAAAUAUUUUACUUCAGAUGGUCAAUGUUACUUAAUUGUUGCCAGUCAAAGAGAUGAUUCUGAAUUAACUCAGGUCUUCAGAUGGAAUGGAGGCAGCUUUGUGCUGCAUCAGACGCUCCCUGUGCGAGGCGUGCUGAGCAUGGCCUUGUUCAGCAGAGCAGGGGCUGUGUUCCUCGCCAUUUCCCAGGCGGAUGCUGGGCCCAACUCGCUGUUACUCAGAUGGUCUGGCAGUGAGUUUAUCAGUUUUCAACAAGUGCCAACCAGUGGGACAACCCAAGUCGAGGCCUUUACUUCAGGAGAUGAUAUUUACUUAAUUUUUGCCAGAGCUAUCUUUCUAGGAGAUCAAAAUUCAACUGAUAUUUUCAUCUGGGAGAGAGGACAGUCUUCUUUCAGAUAUUUUCAAUCCUUGGGCUAUACUGCUGUUAACAGGAUUCGUUCCUUCACCCCAGCCUCAGGAAUAGUCCACAUGCUUCUUACUGGCCAACAUGUUUCUGCUCUUUACUGCUGGAAUGCAAAGUUGAAUCAAUUCUCUUUUAUUCUGGAAGCACCUUCUGCUCACGAUGCAGUUGUUGUUGCCGUUAAAUCCCGUAAUUCAAGCAAGAAUUUAAUUGCUCUAGUGGGAGACGCCCAUUCACACCUGUAUGAGCUGAGCUACAUCUCAAGCCAGUCCGACUUCAUUCCUAGUUCAGGUGAACUGAUAUUUGAACCUGGUGACACAGAAGCUGUAAUAGCAAUAAAUAUCCUUGAUGAUACAGUUCCAGAAGAGGAAGAAUCUUUCAGAGUUCAGCUGAAAAAUCCCAGGGGAGGAGCAGAGAUUGGUGUGAACGGCUAUGUAAAUAUAACUAUUCUGUCUAAUGAUGAUGCAUAUGGAGUUGUUGGAUUUGCUCAGAAUUCACUAUAUAAGCAAGUGGAAGAAAUGGAACAAGACAGCCUCGUAACCUUGAAUGUUGAACGCUUGAAAGGAACAUAUGGUCGUUUAACUGUAGCAUGGGAAGCUGAUGGAAGUGUUAGUGAUAUAUUUCCUACCUCAGGAGUGAUUUCCUUUUCUGAAGGCCAGGCACUGUCCACAAUCACUCUGACGGUCCUUGCUGAUGAUUCACCAGAGUUAUCAGAGAUGGUAAUCGUGACACUCAACCACAUCACCACAGAAGGGGUCGUGGACCCAUCAAAAGGCGCUACCAUUGAUCAGGAGAGAAACAAGUCUGUGAUAACCACUCUGCCCAAUGACUCGCCCUAUGGCUUGGUGGGCUGGCAUGCUGAGUCUCUCUUCAUUAGUGUAGCCGAGCCUGAAGAGAACAUCACCAUCCUGCAGUUGCAAAUUGUUCGAGACAAAGGAUUAACUGGAGACAUUGCUGUUCACGUGUUAGCUAAACCCAACCCCUUAUUGCACGUCAAUAACCGAGCAACUGAGAAUGAAGAUUAUGUGCUGCAAGAAACAGUAAUAGUAAUGAAAGAAAACAUAAAAGAAAUGUAUGCCAAAGUUGCCAUUUUGCCGGAUAAUGCACCUGAGUUGGAUGAAGGAUUUAUUGUCAACAUCACUGAGGUUUACCUGGUGAACUCUGACUUCUCUGCAGGACAACCGGGAGUGCGGAGGCCUAGAAAGGAAGUAGUGGAAAUAACAAUUGAAGAAAAUGAUGAUCCUCGAGGAAUUUUUAAGUUUCAUGUUACUAGAGAUUCUGGUGGUGUUGUUACUGCAUAUGAGGUGCCUCCACCCUUGACUGUAGUCCAGAUUCCCGUUGUCCGACUGGCUGGAAGCUUUGGGGCAGUAAAGGUUUAUUGGAAAACAGCACUGGACAGUGCUGGCCUCGAAGACUUCAGGCCAUCCCAUGGAGUUCUUGAAUUUGCAGAGAGACAGGUUACUGCAGAAAUAGAAAUCAUCAUAAUUGAUGAUGCUGAAUUUGAACUCGUGGAAACAUUCAAUAUUUCUUUGGACAAGGUGGUUGGAGGUGGCAGACUUGGCGAUGACGUUGUUGUAACUGUUGUGAUUCCACAAAAUGAUUCUCCAUUUGGAGUAUUUGGAUUUGAAGAAAAGACUGUAUUGGUCAAAGAAUCCCUUUUGUCAGAUGAUCCUGAUUCAUAUGUGACAUUGACAGUUGUGCGUUCCCCUGGAGGAAAAGGAGCUGUCCGACUUCAGUGGACUGUGGAUGAGAUGGCUAAAGAUGAUCUCAGGCCUUUGAAUGGAACAAUUCAUUUUGAUGAGACAGAGUCCCAGAAAACUAUUGUAUUGCAUACACUUCAGGACACCAUGUUGGAGGAGGAUAGGCAUUUCACCAUUCAGCUAAUAUCAGUUGAUGAAGUAGAAAUCUCUCCAGUAAAGGGCAGUGCAUCAAUAAUCAUCCGGGGAGGUAAGGGAGCCCCAGGAGAAGUUGGGAUAGCACCCUCAUCAAGGCAUGUCCUCAUUGGGGAACCCUCAGCAAAACACAAUGGGACUGCUGUCAUCAGUCUUGUUCGUGGCCCAGCGAUCUGGGGGGAGAUCACUGUGUACUGGAGGAUAAUUCCACCCUCCGUCGGGAAAUUUGUGGAAACAAUGGGAAAAAUAAUGAUGCGAGAUGGACAGUCUGCUGCGAUUGUGGUGAUACAGACCUUGAAUGAUGACAUUCCUGAGGAAAAGAGUCUCUAUGAGUUUCAGCUCACUGGAAUCAGUGAGGGCGGAAUCCUGAGUGAAUCCAGCAGCACUGCGAACAUCACUGUGGUGGCCAGCGACUUUCCCUAUGGGUGCUUUGCCUUUUCCCAAGAGCAGCUUCAAGUAGCAGAGAAAGCACAAAAGGUGAGCAUCCCAGUCUUCCGUUCAGGAGGCUCUUGGGGCUCCGUGAGGCUGUAUUAUGAGACCGUGAGUGGCACAGCGGAGGCUGGCUUGGAUUUUAGCCCUGCAUCUGGCAAGCUCCUCUUUGAAGCAAGGCAGACGAUGAAAAGCCUGUAUGUGGAAAUACUUGAUGAUGACCUUCCUGAAGGCCCUGAGGAAUUUUCCCUGAUGAUUACAAAGGUGGAACUGCUGGGAAGAGGGUAUGAUUUUACUAUCCAAGAAAAUGGACUGCAGAUGGAUCAACCUCCCGAAAUAGGAAAUAUCUCCAUUGUCAGAAUCAUAAUAAUGAAAAAUGAUAAUGCAGAGGGCAUUAUUGAAUUUGACCCAAGGUAUACUGCAUUUGAAGUGGAGGAAGAUGUUGGGGUGAUAAUGAUUCCAGUGGUUAGGCUGCGUGGAACUUACGGCCAUGUGACAGCUGAUUUUACUUCUCAGAGUUCCUCUGCAGCUCCUGGUGGUGUUAAUUACAUCCUGCAUGGUAGUGAAGUCACCUUUCAGCAUGGGCAGAACUUAAGUUUUAUAAAUCUCUCCAUCAUUAAUGACUAUGAAAGUGAAUUUGCAGAGCCCAUUGAAAUUCUGCUGGUAGGAGCUACCGGUGGAGCGGUCCUUGGGCGCCACCUAGUGAGCAGAAUCACAAUUACCAAGAAUGACUCUCCUUUUGGCGUCGUGAGAUUUCUCAAUCAGAGCAAAAUUUCUCUUGCUAAUCCCAACUCCACAAUGAGUUUAUUCUUGGUGCUGGAGCGGACUGGAGAACUCCUGGGAGAGGUUCAGGUGAACUGGGUGAUAGCAGGACCCAAUUCUCAGGAGGACUUACCUGCCCAGAACAGAGACAUUGCAGAGCCUGUGAGCGGGUCCUUCUAUUUCGGAGAUGGAGAAGGUGGAUUGAGAACCAUAAUUCUGACCAUAUAUCCUCAUGAAGAAAAUGAAAUUGAAGAGAUUUUCAUUAUUAAACUUAAACUUGUGAAAGGAGAAGCUAAAUUAGACUCUAGAGCUAAAGAUGUUACAUUAACCAUAGAAAAGUUUGGCGAUCCAAAUGGAGUGAUUCAGUUUGCUGCUGAGUCUUUAUCUUGGAAGACCUAUUCCGAGCCAUCGUUGCUAGAAGGGGCCCUGGUCAUUCCUUUCUUUGUCAAGAGAGUUGGGGGCAUUUUUGGAGAAAUUAGGGUUUACUGGGAAUUAACAAGUGAGUUUGAUAUUACUGGAGAUUUUCUUUCUACAAAAGGAUUUUUCACCAUUGCUGAUGGAGAGAGUGAGGCAAGCUUUGAUGUUCACUUGCUACCAGAUGAUGUCCCUGAGAUAGAGGAAGAAUAUGUACUCCAGCUUGUUUCUGUAGAGGGAGGGGCAGAACUGGAUCCAGAAAAAUGCAUCAUUCGAUUCUCUGUUUUUGCGAAUGAUGACCCACAUGGAGUGUUUGCUCUGUAUUCAGAUCACCAAUCAAUACUCAUUGGGCAGAACCUUAGUAGAUCCAUCCAGAUUAAUGUAACCCGCCUUGCUGGAACAUUUGGAGAUGUAGCUGUUGGAUUUCGAAUAUCUUCUGAUCAAGAAAAGCAGCCAGUUGUUACUGAAAGUACAGAGGGACAGCUGGUGGUCAAAGAUGGUACCAGAUAUAAAGUGGACAUUGUGUCCAUCAAAAGUCAGGUCUUCCUGUCACUGGGCUCUAAUUUCACCUUGCAACUGGUGACUGUGAUGCUUGUUGGUGGACAUUUCUAUGGCAUGCCAAGUAUUCUCCAGGGUGCAAAAUCUGCUCUCUUGCCUGUCCCAGAGAAAGCUGCCAAUUCUCAGGUUGGAUUUGUGUCUACUGCUUUCCCACUCACGAACAUCACUGCUGGAACAAGCCGAGUCGUGGUUUCCAGGAGAGGCACCUACGGUCCCCUCACGAUUGCCUGGGCCGCUGGAUACACCCCUGGGUUAGAAAUCCCUGAAUUCAUUGUCGUUGGCAACAUGACCCCCAAACUGGGGAGCCUUUCUUUUUCCCACGGAGAACAAAGUAAAGGAGUUUGGUUGUGGACACUGCCCUUCCCCGGCCGACCUGAGGCCUUCCCUGUCCAUCUCUCUCAGGUGCAGAGCAGCACCCCCGGCGGGGCUCAGCUGAGAUCAGGUUUCACUGCUGCAGAAAUUGAACCAAUGGGAAUCUUUGAAUUUUCCCCUAGUUCAAGAAAUAUCAUAGUAUCAGAGAAUGCACAGGUGAUCAGAUUACAUGUGCAAAGACUGUUUGGAUUUCACGGUGAUCUCAUUCAAGUUUCCUAUCAGACAACUGCAGGAAGUGCAAAGCCACAGGAAGACUUUCAGACUGUUCAGAAUAAGGAACUGCUUUUUCAAAAAUUACAAGCUGAGGCUGAUUUUGAAAUAGUCAUUAUUGAUGAUGAACUUCCUGAGAUGGAAGAAACUUUUUACAUCAAUCUAACUUCUGUAGAAAUGAAAGGAGUGCAACACUUUGAUGCUGACUGGAGGCCACGCCUGAAUCUAGAUUUCAGUGUAGCAGUGAUCACAAUACUGGAUGAUGAUGACCUGGUGGGAUUGGAUGUUUCUUCCCCCCAGACAACUGUGGCUAUAGCAGAUGACACAACUCUCACGCCUCUGGAAACCGGCCCGUCCUCCACACAGUCUGGCACAACCAGUUUAGCUAUCACUCUACUGUCAACAGAAAUGGUUACCGUUGUUACCGAUGCAAGUGGUAUAACUGCUGUCCCUAUGGAACUCGGCACUCUUCCUAGUGCACCUUCUGUGUCUGAGAAGCCUGAUGUGGCCACUGUCACUGCCAACGUUUCCAUUUAUGGGAUGUUUAGUCUUUGGCCAUCCGUUGUUUACACUGAAGAGGAGAUAAAGAAUGGCACGCUGAAUACUGCAGAAGUUUUUGUUCGAAGAACUGGAAGUUGUACUGGCAACAUCAGUGUAUCAGUUAAGACUUUUGGUGGAAGAUCUGCUCAGAGGGAGCCAAAUGUGUUCCCCUCUCCGAGUAGCUAUGGAAUUGCCAAUCUAACGUGGGCACUUGAGGAAGAAGACUUUGAAGAACAAACUUUCAUCCUUCCAUUUGUAGAUGGAGACAGAGAACAUAAAGUAUUGGUUCGAAUUUUAGAUGACGAUGAACCUGAGGGCCAGGAGUUCUUCUACGUGUUUCUCACAGAACUUCAAGAGGGAGCAUAUACUGUGAAGGGGAGAGAUGAUGGUGGACUUUCAGCUUUUACCAUGAUUAUUAUUCAAGGGAGUGACCUUCAUAAUGGCAUUAUAGGAUUCAGUGAGGAUUCCCAGAGUGGACUAAGACUGGGUGAAGGAGCUGGUGUGAGCAGAUUGCAUCUUGCUGUCACAAGGCAGUCAAACAGGGCCUUUGAAGAUGUCAUAGUCUCUUGGCGUGUCUCAUUUAACAAAACAGCCACUGUGCUCCAGAAAGAGGGUGUGAACCUGAUGGAUGAGCUCCUCUCUGUAUCUGGCAACACAACCUGUACAGCAGGUCAUAUAAAAUGUUUAAUUCCCAUUGAGAUCAAACCAGGGAAGAUACUUCAAAUUGAAACAUAUUUUUUUGUGGAACUGUAUGAAGUAACUGCUGGAGCAGCAAUAAAUAAUAGUGCCCGGUUUGCACAGAUUAAAUUCUUACGGAGUGAUGAACCUCAAAGCCUGAUGUACUUUUCAGUGGGUUCUCGGCUGCCAGUGACUCACAAGAAGGCUACUUUAAUCAGUUUGCAGGUAGCCAGGGAUUCUGGGACAGGACUAAUGAUAUCUGUUAACUUCAGUACCCAGGAGUUGAGGAGUGCUGAGACAAUUGGUCGUACUCUCAUAUCUCCAGCAAUUUCUGGAAAGGAUUUUGUGAGAACUGAAGGAACAUUGGUCUUUGAGCCUGGUCAGAGAAAUACCAUGUUGGAUAUCAUCCUAACGCCAGAAAAGGGGUCUUUGAAUCCAUUUCCGAAACGCUUCCAGAUUGUGCUUUUUGACCCGAGAGGUGGUGCCAAAAUUGACAAAAUGUAUGGGACUGCUAAUGUCACGCUAGUCUCUGAUGUGGAUUCGCAGGCCAUUUGGGGGCUCGCAGAUCAGCUGCAACAGCCCCUGAUUGGUGAUGUUCUCAGCAGAGUGCUCCACAGCAUCAGCGUGAAAGUGGCAACGGAAAACACAGAUGAACAGCUCAGUGUCGUGAUGCAUUUAAUAGACCAGAUAACUGUUGAAGGAAAAAAUCAAGCACUCAGCAUUGAAAACCGAAAUCUUCUUUAUGAGAUUCUUUGUGCUCUUAUCAACCCAAAGCGCAAGGACACUAGAGGAUUCACUCAGUUUACUGAAGUGACAGAGAAUUUUGCUUUUGCUCUACUGACUGAUGUUACUUGUGGCACUUCUGGUGAAAAAAGCAAAACCAUCCUUGACACGUGUCCAUAUUUGUCCAUCCUGGCUCUUCACUGGUAUCCUCAGCAAAUCAAUGGACACACGUUUGAAGGAAAAGAAGGUGAUUAUAUUAGAAUUCCUGAGAAGCUAUUGGAUGUUCCAGAGGCAGAAGUAAUGGCUGAGAAAAGUACAUGUAAAUUAGUCCAGUUUACGGAGUAUAGUAGUCAGCAGUGGUUUGUAACUGGAAACAAUCUUCUGGCUCUGAAAAAUAAGGUGUUAUCGCUGAGUGUGAAAGGUCAGAGUUCACAACCCCUAAUGGACAACAAUGAGGUUAUUUAUAGGAUUUAUGCUGCUGAGCCUAGAAUUGUUCCCCAAACAUCUCUGUGUCUCCUUUGGAAUCAAGCUGGUGCAAGCUGGUUACCUGACAGUCCAUUUUGCAAAGUGGUUGAGGACACUUCAAACUACGUGGAAUGUGCCUGUUCAUACAUGUCUGUGUAUGCUGUCUACGCCCAGACUGAUACGUUGUCAUCAUACAAUGAAGCCUUUUUCUCUUCUGGAUUUAUAUGUAUCUCAGGUCUUUGCCUGGCUGUUCUCUCCCAUAUCUUCUGUGCCAAGUAUUCCAUGUUCGCAGCUAAGCUUCUGACUCACAUGAUGGCAGCCAGCUUAGGUACACAGAUUGUUUUUCUGGCAUCUGCCUAUGCAAGUCCUCAACUUACAGAUGAGAGCUGUUCAGCCAUGGCUGCUGUUACACAUUACCUGUAUCUUUGCCAGUUUAGCUGGAUGCUCAUUCAGUCUGUGAAUUUCUGGUAUGUUCUGGUGAUGAACGAUGAACACACAGAAAGAAGAUACCUGCUGUUUUUCCUCCUGAGUUGGGGUCUUCCAGCCUUUGUGGUGAUUCUCCUCAUAGUUAUUUUGCGAGGAAUCUAUCAUAUGAGCAUGCCACAGAUCUAUGGACUCAUCCACAAUGACCUGUGUUUCAUUCCAAACAUCUACGCAGCUCUGUUCACAGCAGCCCUUGCUCCUUUAAUGUGCUUGGUGGUGGUGUUUGUGGUGUUCAUCCACGCCUACCAGAUGAAGCCCCAGUGGAAAGCGUAUGAUGAUGUCUUCAGAGGAAGAACAAAUGCUGCAGAAGUCCCACUGGUUUUAUAUCUCUUUGCCCUGAUUUCUUUGACAUGGCUAUGGGGAGGCCUGCAUAUGGCUUACAGACACUUCUGGAUGUUGAUCCUCUUUGUCAUUUUCAACAGCCUGCAGGGACUUUACGUUUUUGUGGUUUAUUUCAUUCUCCACAACCAGACCUGUUGCCCCAUGAAGGCCAGCUACACAGUGGAAAUGAAUGGGCACCCAGGACCCAGCACAGCGUUCUUCACACCGGGGAGUGGCAUGCCGCCUGCUGGAGAGGAGAUCAGCAAGUCCACCCAGAAUCUCAUUGGAGCUAUGGAGGAGGUGCCACCUGACUGGGAGAGAGCAUCCUUCCAACAAGCCAGUCAGGCCAGCCCUGACUUAAAGCCAAGUCCACAAAAUGGUACCACGUUCCCUUCCUCUGGAGGAUAUGGCCAGGGGUCACUGAUAGCUGAUGAGGAGUCCCAAGAAUUUGAUGACUUGAUAUUUGCAUUAAAAACUGGUGCUGGUCUCAGUGUCAGUGAUAAUGAAUCUGGUCAAGGCAGUCAGGAGGGAGGCACCUUGACUGACUCCCAGAUUGUAGAAUUAAGGAGGAUACCCAUCGCCGACACCCACCUUUAGUACCCCAAUCAUCAGCAAAAUGAGGAUCCUUUCAUAUUGUAUUGACUUUGUACUAAAACUCUAUAAGUACAUGCUCCAUAUUGUAGGACUCUGUGAAUUGUAGUGGUUAUUUAAUCCGGAAGUGAUUGUUGUGUUUGAGACAUAACAUUUACCUUUGUGCAUCCUAAAAGUUCACUGUUAUAAGGAAAAACUGAGUUGGUUAUAUCUUUAAUAGUAUAUGCAUAUUCCAAGAAUAUUAGAUGUUUUUUAACUAUUCUACAUGGCUAACAUUGUUUAAUACAAGUAAUAACUGAAUAAAAUCAAUAGAAUCUA